AGCGCGGCCGCCCCCCACUACCCCCGGUCCUGCUGCCCCAUGUGGCUGCGGGGCCGCCGCGGCGUCUCCCACUAUGGCCCGGAAAACAGUUAGCAGGAAGCGGAAAGCUCCCGCAGCGCCGGGGACCGGGAGCGGGACCCAGGGCCAGCAGUUUGGCUGGGAUCAUUCACUAAACAAAAGGAAAAGGCUCCCUCCAGUGAAGAGGUCCUUGGUCUACUACCUGAAAGGCAGAGAAGUCAGGUUGCAGAAUGAGUCCAGUUACUACCGAGUGUUGCAUGGUUAUGCAGCACAGCACCUUCCCAGUCUCCUGAAGGAGAGAGAGUUUCACCUUGGGACCCUUAACAAAGUGUUUGCAUCUCAGUGGCUGAAUCACCGGCAAGUGGUGUGUGGCACAAAAUGCAACACGUUGUUUGUGGUCGAUGUCCAGACAGGCCAGAUCACCAAGAUUCCCAUUUUGAAAGAUCGAGAGCCUGGAGUGGUGACCCAGCAGGGCUGUGGUAUCCAUGCCAUCGAGCUGAACCCCUCAAGAACACUACUGGCCACUGGAGGAGACAACCCCAACAGCCUUGCAAUCUAUCGGUUACCUACAUUAGAUCCUGUGUGUGUGGGAGAUGAUGGACACAAGGACUGGAUAUUCUCUAUUGCAUGGAUCAGUGAUACCAUGGCAGUUUCUGGCUCACGGGAUGGUUCCAUGGGGCUUUGGGAGGUAACGGAGGAUGUGUUAACCAAAAGUGAUGCCCGGCACAAUGUAUCCCGGGUCCCUGUGUAUGCUCAUAUCACACAUAGGGCCCUAAAAGACAUCCCUAAGGAGAAUACUAAUCCUGACAACUGCAAGGUCCGGGCUCUGGCCUUCAACAAUAAAAACAAAGAGCUUGGAGCAGUGUCCCUUGAUGGCUACUUUCAUCUCUGGAAAGCAGAGCAUGCACUGUCCAAGCUCCUCUCCAUCAAGCUGCCAUAUUGUCGUGAGAAUGUGUGUCUAGCCUAUGGCCAUGAGUGGUCUGUGUAUGCAGUGGGCUCCCAAGCUCAUGUCUCCUUCUUGGACCCACGACAACCAUCACACAAUGUCAAAUCAGUCUGCUCCAGGGAACGAGGCAGUGGCAUCCGUUCGGUGAGCUUCUACGAGCACAUCAUCACUGUGGGCACAGGGCAGGGCUCCCUGUUGUUUUACGACAUCCGGGCCCAGAGGUUUCUAGAAGAGAAGCACUUAUCCUGCUAUGGGUCCAAGCCCAAGCUCGCAGGGGAAAAUCUGAAGCUGACCACGGGCAAAGGCUGGCUGAAUCAUGAUGAAACUUGGAGGAAUUAUUUUUCAGACAUUGAUUUCUUCCCCAAUGCUGUUUACACCCACUGCUACGACUCGUCUGGAACGAAACUCUUUGUGGCAGGAGGUCCCCUCCCUUCAGGGCUCCAUGGGAACUAUGCCGGGCUCUGGAGCUAAUGAAUAACUCUUCUGAAAUGCAGAGAUUUACACUAACUUCCAUCUUCAGUUUCCUUGUUUCUUCUUUUCAUUUUUCAAUUGUGUGAUGCCCUGGUCUUAUUGGAACACCAGAAUUUGCUUUUGGCUCGGGCAUUUGACACAUGCUCCGUACGUUGGUCUAAAGUGGCUUUUUCUUUUUUCCCCCCCUUUGGCAAUCAGAAUUUUGCUUUAAUACUUUUUUUUUGGCUUUUUAUUUGCUUCUUACACAAAGGAUUUUUUGUUAAUCCCAUAUUGUAUUUCCUUUUUAAGUGACACACACUUUCCCCUAUUUGGCUUCUGCUUUAGGCUGACACAGUCAUACUCAUCCCUACUUUGCUGUUGUGAGGUAGGAUUCCUUUAUACUUAUGUGGUUGCUGUCAGACUUUCUGUGAAAGUUUGGGGGCUGUGUGUGUGUGUGUGUGCACAUGUGUGUGAAUGUGUGUGUGUAUAUGAGUGUGUGUAUGAGUGUGUGUGUGUACGCACAGGUACUAUGUGUGUCAUUGAAAUUACAUGGAGUGAGGAUUACUUGUAAUUAAAAUAUUUAUAAAAGAAACUACUUUAUCCACAGAGUCCAGCUUUGGGACUGGUUUUAUCUUAUUUUUUAAAAUACAAGUCUAAUGACACUGUAUAUGAAAAAAACAGAAAAACAGAAAAAAAAACCCACCACCCAGAAAAACCAUUGAGGAAGAUUGCAGGUAUCCCCAGGGGCCCUAUGUCAAGGUCCCUUUCCUGAGGUUCCUCCACCCGUAGGGCUUACAGAGUCUAAAGGGGGGGAGGGGAAUGCUCCUUGUCCCAUCCCUUCCCCCCCAGUGGCUCCCUGAGGAGAUGGCUUUUGCUAAUGAGUCACUUCCCAUUCCCCUGGCCUGCUCUUGCUUUUCUUGAAUGUCAGGACCUCUAAUAGAGCUUUUAGAAAAGGGGUAGAAGUUCAAGCACUGGAUUAUGCUAGAUUUCCCUACCUUCCCUUUGCUUUCCUCCUCCCCCCUCUAAAAAAAGAAAAACAAAAAACAAACAAUCUUAACAACUCUAAAUUGGGGCCCUGCAGCCAGCCAGAGGAACCUUGAGUCUCCUUUAGCUUUGAAGGAAACUCCUUGUUCCUUUUUCCUUCCCUCUUCUGAUUUCCCUGAUGGGUUUUGUUUUUGGUUUUAUUUUGUUUUCUCUUCCCUACAGAAGCAAGUUUGGUCAGGGGCUGGGGGCUGAGUAUCUGUGUGUAGUGUGUACCAAGUGUGUUUAAUAUAUUAGUCUCUUGUUGUGGUGGGGAGGGUAUGUUGGCCCCAGAGUUCCAUGGCUGAGGUCUCAGUCACUUUAGUGCUCCUCAACCCUGUCUGGGACAGUAGGGCAGGCCAGCAGUGUUGUGCAUGUAACAGCAUUGAUGUAAUUAGUAAAUAGGAAUAUUCUUCCUAUACCACUCCUCCACCUUAAUAAUUUGUAUGUUUGAGCUCCAAGUUUUUUUAAUGUAGCAGUGACAAAUUUACCAUAUAGUUCUAUUGUUCCCUGCUCUUACACUCAUCAUGUUGUAAACAGUGGCUAUUCCCUUGAUUUGAUGAUUUCCUUUUUUCCUUUGAGCACUUCCUCCAAUUAGCUGCCAGAAGCCCUUCCCUGGGAAGAAGAGCUAUCAUCUUCCUUUUCUCCCUGAGUCAUCCAAGUUGAUGAGGGGGCAUUGUAGAGAUGCUCUAUGCCCAGGGAACUUGGAAGAUGAAGUUAUUUCCUUAAAAGUCUGCACUGACUUCAUGACAUGACAGAAACAUCAUUGGUUGUGGAAUUCUCCCUUUCUAACCUAGAGAAAUAGGUGCUAUCAACAGGGAAUUAAGCAAAAUGCUAGAUGCUACAAAUCUUUUAACUGUCUUAAUUUUUUCCCUCCUAGUAUUAAACUACAGGCUGUAGAUUAAUUAGUUCUCAAAGAACUUCUAUCACUUUAAAGGAAAAAAAUACUUGUAACAAAAAAAAGAAAAAAAGAUCAAGUACGGUAUUUUGUACUGUUGCCUGACCCUCUUCUGUGAUGGGUAAUGCAUUUGAUUGUUUGGGAUUCUCUGUUUUUAAAAAUGUAGCACUUGACUUUUGCCAAGAAAAAAAAAUAAAUAUUAUUCCAGUGCAA